AGCACCCUUGCCCCCUCCCCUACCCACGAACCAGGACGAAUUUGAUUUGUUAUUUAUUAGGGACUAUUUAAUUCCCGAAUUUGUCUAUAAUUUAUUAUGUAUCGUGUGACUUAAAUUGAACUACUGUACUUAAUCACUCCGAUAAAACUCGCGUCUGUAAAAAUAUUGUAAGCUGCAAUCUCCUUUAUGGCCACUGGGCGUCACUGUAAGCACAAGUUAAUUAGCUCGAAAAGUGGCAGAGGAAUAAUGGGCCACACUGCAUACUUUGAUUAGACCUCGGUGGAUAUUACAGCUAUUCAGUAUAUGCAUUCCAUUCUGAUUAUGCAUACAGUGAAACAUUAAUGUAUUCUAUUCAUGAUUACGAGCGGCAAACAUCAAUCUCCCCUCACGGCCUCGUCAUCAGCGCUUAUUGGAAGUUAUUAGACAAUCAUUUCACUCCCAAUAUCAUUAGGACGUCUACAGUGGUCCCCUGAGCUAACAUUUAGCAUUGUGAUAUUACUGUUGGCAAAAUAUAGUGGUUUAUUUCUUUGACUAAAUGUUAUUACGGGUUUCCACCUUUCUGGCCAUUUAAUAUUACCAUUUCCUUUUCACCAUGUAUCGAAAUAAAACAAAUGCUUCAACAGUUUUUCAAUUCCAUUGAUAUUGGAAUUAAAUAGUCAUGUCUUUGCCCUCAAUAGAAUAUUCAAGCUAGGGCUUAAACACUAUUGGAAGCACUGACCUACAUUUGCAAUCUAAAUUCUAAUUUGUGAAAUUGUAUUCACCUAUUCCCAGAAGACUCUUUAUAUUCUGUAAUCCUAUCAUUUUUUACUGCAACAUGAGUAUUUUUUCUCUCUUCCUAGCUUUUCAAGGCCAGAAUGCUACCUCCAAUUCACCUCACUCCUCACUCAUCCAUCUUGAGGAUAGUUGGAAUUCUUCUCCACGCCAACAAGAACUCAUCUAUUUUAUUAUUUGUAUUUCUUUUGGAUUCACAUUUGACGGCUCAGGCCUUGGAAAGUAUUAUGGCUUUUUAGAAUCUAAUGGCUUUAUUGGAUUUAUUUCAUGUUGUCUUUUUGUGAUAACUUCCAACUGCAUCUGGCUGCAUCGUUACAACACGGCGUUGUUGCAUAUUGGUGAAAUACCUGAAAUAGUCGAGCUUUACUUGAUGGAUCGAUGCCAGCAGACUUUUUUUUUUUUUCCUAUGUGUUUUGGGAAGCAGACUGCGACCCGGGCUGCUUAGACUGUGACUUAGACUGCAAGGCACCAGUUGACCAUCCCUUCGUUUUGUUUGUUUUGACAGUAGACCUUUACUGGGAGUAGCAACAAACUAUUCCUAAAGCACUCCUGUGAAGUCAGUUGCGUAGUAUCCAUUGCCACUAUACACCAUUUGUAUACAGAGCUUUUGCUAUCAAAGCAAUCGACUCCUGUCAGAAAUACUCGUAAGUCGGAUCCCUUGUAUCUCAAGGCAGUGAUGUACGUAUAUUUUAUUGGGGUGCUUUGAAAUACGCUCCCUUCCCCCACGAAUUCAAUUACCAUUUUGUUCUGAGAGAUCAGUCCUUCAAUCCUUUAUUUUAUAAUGAGCUCCUGUUACCCAGCCCGCUAACUUCCUGUGGACAGGACAGGAACAUAACUCCGGGAAUACCGCGUGGCAGUCGCGGGGGCUGGGCUGGGCUGGGCUCCCGGGCGGGUAGCAGGUCUUGAGUCUCACGUUUCCAGCCAAGAGUGUCGAUCUACACAAGAUAACGCUAGCUGCUUAGCUCGUUGUAAUCUAAUGCUUAUGCUAGCUAGUGUGCUACAUCCAGGUAAUAUGUAGAUCGGCAAGCCGGGGCGGGCCAAAGUCAGCAUCCUUUCCGAAGUGGAAAAAAAUGAGACAAGCCCCAAACAAGCUAAAAGUUGUCCUCCGGGCGGGCGGAGUGAAGACAUGGAUGAAAAGGAACUGCUUUCCUAAGGAAACAAACGCCGAACCAGGGAAGGGAAAAGAAUGAUCACCUAGCGGUUCGCUCGAACUGUUUCUCCCCGCCGUGCCAGAGAAAAGUUGUGGCGUCUCUUCCCCACCCCUUCCCCAAAAGAAGUCUUCGUCGGCCAUGGCGAGCCGCGAAGAAGCCUCCAAAGUGGGUCCGCGGAAGAAGAAAAAGAGCAAAAAAGAGGGCAAAACCCGCUGCGUCCAUGCCAACAUCCUCGGCGAGGAGGACAACGACAGCCCCAACCGACACUACGCCGACAACAAAAUCAAGACCACCAAGUACACCGUGCUGUCCUUCCUGCCCAAGAAUCUCUUCGAGCAGUUCCACCGCUUCGCCAAUGUUUACUUUGUCUUCAUCGCGCUGCUCAACUUCGUGCCAGUGGUCAACGCCUUCCAACCCGAGCUCGCCCUGGCCCCGGUGGUCUUCAUCCUGUCGGUCACGGCCAUCAAGGACCUGUGGGAGGACUACCGGAGACACAGGUCCGACACGGAGAUCAACCACAUGGACUGUCUUGUCUACAGCAGGAUAGAGCGGCGCUAUGUGGAGAAGUUCUGGAAGGAAGUCCACGUGGGCGAUUUUAUCCGUCUCCGCUGCAACGAGAUCCUGCCGGCCGACGUCCUGCUGCUGAGCUCCAGCGACCCCGACCGCCUGUGCCACAUCGAGACGGCCACCUUGGACGGCGAGACCAACCUCAAGCAGCGCCAGGUGGUGCGCAGCUUCUACGACCUGGUCUGCGACUUCGACCCGUCCAAGUACGACAGCGUCAUCGAGUGCGAGAAGCCCAACAACGACUUGAACCGAUUCCGAGGCUACAUAAUCCACCGGAGCGGCCGACGAGACGCGCUUUACAAAGACAACCUGCUGCUGAGGGGCUGCACCAUCCGCAACACGGAGGAGGCGGUGGGCAUCGUCAUUUACGCAGGUCACGAGACCAAAGCCAUGCUCAACAACAACGGGCCGCGCUACAAGCGCAGCAAACUGGAGAGACAGAUGAAUGUGGACGUCUUCUGGUGCGUCAUCAUCCUGCUGGUCAUGUGCUCCUUCGCGGCCGUUGGUCACGGGCUGUGGGUGUUUCAGUACGGUGACAAGAGGCCCAUUUUUGACGUCCUCAGUCCGGAGGGCACGGACUUGUCCCCCGUCUUGUCGGCCAUCUAUCUUUUCCUCACCAUGAUUAUCGUCUUACAGGUGCUGAUCCCCAUCUCGCUGUUCGUGUCCAUCGAAAUCGUGAAGAUCUGCCAGGUGUACUUCAUCCACCAGGACGCCGAGCUGUACGACGAGGAGAGCGACUCGCACCUGCAGUGUCGCGCCCUCAACAUCACAGAGGACCUCGGGCAGAUGCAGUACAUCUUCUCCGACAAGACCGGCACGCUCACGGAUAACAAGAUGGUGUUCCGCCGCUGCACCGUGGCGGGCGUGGAGUACUCGCACGACGCCAACGCGAGAAGACUCGCCAUGUACCAGGAGAUGGACUCGGAGGAGGAGGAAUGUCCGUCCCGCGGUGGGACGCUGCCCAGGCGAGACAGCGUGGGCAGCCACCACAGCGUCAAGGUGGUGCUGCGCUCCCACAGCACCAAGUCCCACCGCAGGACGGGCAGCAGGGCCGAGGCCAAGAGGGCCAGCAUCCUGUCCAAGCACACGGCCUUCAGCAGUCCCAUGGAGAAGGACAUCACACCUGACCCUCAGCUGAUGGACAAAGUCAAUGAAUGCGCCAGUCAGAUGAACUUCAUGCGCUUCCACAGCCAGCCCAUGUCGCAGCUGCCGUCCGACCUUGGCGACAUUAUGGAUUUCUUCAUCGCGCUGACCCUCUGCAACACGGUGGUGGUGUCCUCCCCCGACCAGCCUCGGCACACGGUCCGGAUGCGCUUCGAGCUUAAAUCCCCGGUCAAAACCAUCGAAGAUUUCAUCAAACGCUUCACGCCGAGCCGCCUGACCUCAGGUUCCAACAGCAGCAGUUCUUCGAGCCUCGCCACCAACCGCUCUUCCAACAAGGGCUGCUCCAGCCUGCUGUCGUCCCCUUCGGCCGAGAGCACCCUCACCAAGCUGGACGAGGAGGCGGCGGCGGCAGUGGCAACGGCCUUCAGCCCCUCGUGUCCCACCCACGACGGUCAACUCAAAAACGCGGAGGGCGCCGACCUGCGCUACGAGGCCGAGUCGCCGGACGAAGCGGCGUUGGUCUACGCCGCCAGGGCCUACAAGUGCUCCCUGGUGGGACGGCUCCCGGACCAAACCACGGUGGAUCUGCCCCACCUGGGGAAGCUGAACUUUGAGCUGCUGCACACUUUGGGCUUCGACUCCACCAGGAAGCGCAUGUCGGUGGUGGUGAAGCACCCGCUCACAGAACAGAUCACCGUCUACACCAAAGGCGCCGACUCUGUCAUCAUGGACCUCAUUAAAUCCCCCAACGCAGGUAACUCCAGGGGAAAACGGCAGAAAAAAAUCAUCUACAGGACGCAGAACUACCUGAACCAGUACGCCGCUGACGGCCUACGCACGCUUUGCAUUGCCAAAAAGGUUCUGAGCAAGGAGGAGUAUGCCUGCUGGCUGCAGCGCCACCUAGAGGCAGAGACGGCCAUCCAGGGUCGAGAGGAGCUGCUCUUUGAGUCGGCCCUGCGUCUGGAGACCAACCUCCAGCUCCUGGGUGCGACGGGAAUCGAGGACCGGCUGCAGGACGGCGUGCCCGAAACCAUCGACGCCCUGCGUAAGGCCGGCCUGCAGAUUUGGGUGCUGACGGGCGACAAGCAGGAAACGGCCGUCAACAUCGCCUACGCCUGCAAGCUGCUGGACCCCGAGGACGAGAUCUUGACUCUCAAUGCUGACUCCAUGGAGGCCUGUUCCCUCCUCCUGGAGGAGAGUCUCCACUACAUCCAGGCCAAAUUCCUUUGCGGCUCGCCCAAGCCCUUCCAAGGCGACUUGGCCCACUUCCACAUCUAUCCGCAUCCUCCCCCGACCAACUGGUCGUCGUCCUCCCACGCCGCCGUGCACCGGCUGGGUCUGGUGAUCGACGGGCGUACCCUGGCCUACGCCCUGGACCGCAGCCUGGAGGAUAAGUUCCUGGCGGUGGCGCGCAGCUGUCGCUCGGUGCUGUGCUGCCGCUCCACGCCGCUGCAGAAGAGCAUGGUGGUCAAGCUGGUGCGCAAUAAGCUCAAAGUCAUGACGCUGGCCAUAGGCGACGGAGCCAAUGAUGUCAGUAUGAUCCAGGUUGCUGACGUCGGCGUGGGCAUAUCGGGCCAGGAGGGCAUGCAGGCUGUGAUGGCGAGCGAUUUUGCCAUGCCCCGUUUCCGUUACCUCCAGAAGCUGCUGCUGGUCCACGGGCAUUGGUGCUACUCGCGCUUGGCCAACAUGAUUCUUUACUUCUUCUACAAGAACGUCAUGUUCGUGGCGCUCAUCUUCUGGUAUCAGUUCUACUGCGGUUUCUCAGGCUCGGCCAUGAUCGACCAGUGGUAUCUGAUCUUCUUCAACUUGAUGUUUUCCGCCUUCCCGCAACUCGUCACCGGCACGCUGGACAAGGACGUGUCGGCCGAGACGCUGCAACAACUACCUCAGCUUUACAUUAACGGACAGAACUCGGAGGAAUACAAGCCAUACAUGUUCUGGAUGAACAUCAUCGACGCUUUCUACCAAAGUCUCAUCUGCUUCUUCAUUCCUUAUUUUGCCUACGCCGACUCCGACGUCGACCUGUUUACAUGGGGGACCCCCGUCACAACCAUCGCCCUUUUCACCAUUCUGCUGCAUUUGGGGGUGGAGACCAAAACCUGGACAUGGAUGAACUGGCUGUCUAUCUGCUUCAGCGUGGUUCUGUUCUUCACGGUGGCGCUGUGCUACAACGCCUCAUGCCCCACCUGCUACUCGCCCUCCAACCCUUACUGGACCAUGCAGAGACUGAUUCAAGACCCCUCAUUCUACCUACUCUGCCUCAUCACGCCGGCAGUGGCGCUGCUGCCCAGAUAUUUCUACCGGGCGUGUCAAGGCACGAUCUUUCCCAGCCCGGUGCAAGUGGGGCGGCAGUUGGACCGGCUCACUGCCAAAGACCCUCGUAGGAACAUCUCAAACAUGAGCGGGAUCCAGACGGCGGCACGCCCCGACCCCGAAACAAAUUCCAAAGACCCCCGCCGCCCCCGCGAGGAAACGGAGCGCCCCGACGCCAGUCUGUCAGUCCGGAUUGACCUCCCGCCCGACAGAGGCGUCAAGUACACUAAGAACUCGCAGGAGAUGCUCAGCAUCGGCUGAAGCGUCGUCCCUUUUUCUAAUUUGCACGAUUUUUUUAUUCGAUUUUCCAAAGAGCUUCUUUUAUAAAGGAUGCAAAUAGGUACUUUAUUUUAUCUAAUGUUAUUUGGGGAGAUGGAAGAAGAACUGGAUGUUCUUUUUUUCUUUUCCAGGAGAGCUACAUUUCCCACAGAAGAUACAUAUCAGUACCGAGUCUGUAACGACGGAUAUAUAUCCUGUUCUCUCGGGCUCUUAUUUUUUUUCCCCUUUCUUUUUCUACACACAAAGUGCUUUGACGAAACUGCGGCCUUGAUUGUGUCUCUCUUAGACGGCUGUUUUUCCAGCACACAGUGACCUCGGUUCAUUGCAGUGUUAGUGCCGCACCAAAAAGAGAGAAAAAGACGAUAAGGAAAAGGGUCACGAAAGGACAUAAUAGUUUCCAUGCCAAACUUUAAAGUUGUUAAAAAACACAUGGCGAGACUUAUAGUCUUUUUAAAAAAAUCAAUAUUUGAACACGAUUGCCAAAUUUCCCAGGAAAAGAAAAGCAACAGUCAUUUUAUUAUGUUGGCCGUCUGCCAUUUACAGACUUUAUUGUCAUUGUGUUUUUAGUUUCUUUCUUCCCGUUCUGGUGUGGCACUAACAUUCACAUGUAUACAUUUUGCUGGAUGAAUGCAAACGCUAAUGUCUUUUCUACACAUUCCAGUGAACAAUCCAAAGACAUUCCAGCCCAAUCUUGCGGGACUGAUGUUUAUUGUCUCAUUGUGUUUUAACAGUGUUAACCAAAGUAUGCCUUGAAAGCCUCAACUAGCAGCCAGCAGACUUAGCUUAGCUAGCCUAGCCUAGUUUAGGAGCCCCCUCUCAGCUGCAUUUCCAUUCCUUCUUUCAUAUCCAAUUAAGCUGGGAAAGAAGACAACGUGAUGUUAAAUCCCUUGUUUUGCCCCAAACCAAACAAAAGCUUGUAACUGUUUUACUUGAAAGUCUGAAAAACAGCUGGAAACAAAAACAAAGAUUUGAGUGGCCAAAGGAAGAAAAAAAACCCUUAAAAGCACUUUGAGAUUUUCAGAACUUUCUCCAUCCCAAACAUUUUUGUCGUUCCUAUGAAGAAACGACGUGCUCGUUGAAUACAUCAUUACAUAUGGUGUAUUUUCCAUAUAUGUACCUUAACACUGGAUAAUAAAUAUUAUUGUUCCCCGUUGAGGAAAGCUA